CCGUGACCAAAUGACACAAUGAUCGAGAAGACCUCCACGAACAAAAAAAAACAAAAUCCCAAUCAGCAACAUCCUCCAAGAGCACGGUCACAGAAAAGUCACGAGAGAUUUCAAUAUCACCGCUUCUACCAAAGCCUACUAUCUGUCAAUCUGUCCGUCUGUCUCUCACUUCAAUCUAUCCCUCUAUCAUCUUCUCUUCUCUGCGCUCACGCACAUUCUGCGCUCAACUCACGCAAGAGAUUGCAACCAGAAGUACGAAGAGCAAAGACAGUGGCUCCAUCUCCAAAGAGAUCCAAACGUUCUUCUUCCUAUUUCCCUCCAAAAUGCAAACAAAAACUGCCAAAACGAAGAUUUCCAUUAAUCUAUUGUUUACUGCCUUGCCCUCCAAUGAAAACCUCGCUCAUCCCGCAAAAACCCCGUAAACAAUCCCCGAAAACUUCAUAACCAACUCCGUAAUCCAACCACACCGCCAACCCAGUUCAUCGCCGGAUCAUCCGAGCGGCAGCCCCGGUAGCAUCCCAAUGCGCUGCUAUCUUCCGAGGGCCGCCGAUUCGCUACGACCAGCGGCACGCCGCUUUUUCUCCCAAGCCACUUCCGGUGUGAACACCACUGGCACCACCGCCACCGGAAAGUACUACUUCUCCGAUACUACCAAGUCACGAGAUUUGAACAACAACGCCCCGUCCAAUAACAACAACAACAACAAGAACAAGAAAGACAAAAAGGCAGCCAAGGGCUCUAAGGACGGCCCUCAGGUGCCCUCGCGUUGGUAUACUGUAUUGGCACUACCAUUCCCAGAUCAGACCGUCGGACGUCGGGACAUUCUCGGUACGGCUUAUGGACGUCGUCGUCGGCAGCAGCUAGAACAGCAGCAACAACAACGAGAAGACGAACGACCGCGGGUACUACGGCCAAAGAAGUCAACGCCUUCGCCUGCCCUGUCGUCGCCACCGCCAACCAAAACCGCGGUCAACCACCUACGGUUGUUUUCGAACAGCGCAGAGCUCAGUGAUUCCGUGAGUAGCGUUGCUGGGUCGCCGCGCUUCUACCGGCGACCGCCAACCCUCGAGUACUAUCGCUCCGAUUCGCAGCCCUCGUUAUGAUCACUCUUAAGGCUGCUUGAAGGCACAGAGCCACUGCAGGCAUCACCACCAACGCCGCAACACCAUCGCCAUCUGCGCUUCUACCGACGCCAUUACCACUAUUACAAA